CCUCUCUCUCUCUCUCUCUCUCUCUCUCUCCAUCUCUCUCCCAUGUGUUCUUGGAUAUAGGGUAUAAGCGAGGGUGAGAAAACACCAAAAACUCCAAGAACCCAACAUCACACGCACACAUAUCUAUCCUAAAGUGACUGGUAAAUGAGUUUAUGUAUGAUCGAGACAGCAGUAUUAAGCAGCAGGAUUGAGAUUGAAUAUGGACUUUCCUCCUCACGGUUUUAUGUUCCAGCAACUCCAUCACGAAGACAAUGGUGGUCACCACCUUACUUCUCCUCCCUCUCUCCCCUCUUGCCCCCCUCACCUCUUCCAUGGGGUAGGCGGAAACUACAUGAUGAACAUGUCUAUGUCGUUACUGGGCGCGGAUCAAAACCAAAAAAUCACGACAAACGGUCACGAGGAAGCGGAAGGAGAUCUGUCGGACGAGGGAUCACAGCUCUUGGGGGAGAAGAAGAAGAGACUUAACUUGGAACAAGUCAGGGCACUCGAGAAGAGCUUCGAAUUGGGGAACAAGCUCGAGCCCGAGAGGAAGAUCCAGCUGGCGAAGGCCUUAGGGCUUCAACCGAGACAGAUCGCGAUUUGGUUUCAGAACAGACGAGCCAGAUGGAAGACGAAACAGCUCGAGUCUGACUAUGGAGCCCUCAGGAAACAGUUCGAGGUUCUUAAAGCCGACAAUGAUGCUCUUCAUGCCCAGAACAAGAAACUCAAUGCCGAGUUACUGGCGCUAAGGAAAAAAGAGUGUAACGAAGGGAAGGCAAAGGGAGAAGCAGAGGUUUCAUGGAGUAACAAUGGAAGCAGAGAGAAUGGUUCGGACAUGACGACGACAAGGACACAAGUGAACAUGAUCAAAGAUCUCUUCCCUUCGUCCAUCAUCAGAUCAAACACGGCGACAGCGAACCAAAUCGAUCAUCGGAUGGCUCAAGAAGAGAGCUUCUGCAACAUGUUCAAUGGAAUCGAUGAAACGACGUCGGCUGGUUACUGGGCAUGGCCUGAUCAGCAUCACCAUCCCCUCCCCUUCAAUUAGUCCCCUCGCCUAUUUUCUCCUUUUAUUUGAUUUUGUUUUGUCCCAUGAUCAUAAAUCGUUUUCCGGUUGUAACAUGAAGAUGAAGAAGAAGAUAUAUAUCUGAAAUAUUUUUUUUCUC